AUGGAGGCAACAGGAGGUAUCGACAACCCGGCUUUCGUCCCAUCCAGCCCCAGCCUCCGGCGAAUGGUUUCAGAGCCUCCGGCCGAGGAGGAGGUUACCAGUACCUCCUACCUGUCCGGCUCCCCGGAGGAACAGGAACCGCCAUCCGGGCCGCCCGAACAGUCCGAGCCUUCCGAGCAGCCAAAGCCGCCAAAGCCGCCAAAGCCUCCAAAGCCGCUAAAGCCGCGGGUACAAGUGCAGCCCCUGGAGCUGGAGGAGGGACUGUGCGGCUGGGGAAACUUCACUCCCGCCUGCCUGCAGCGCUGGAACAACCCCAAGGGCUACUUGUUUUACUACUGUCUCCUGGCCCUCACCCAAGUUUCCACUCUUUUCUUAGAUACCUGCCCACUAACAGGAAUCAACAGCACUUGUGAACACUACAUAACAUCUUCACUUUCAAACUACCUGUAUGUCUUCAUACUUGGACAGAUGUUGCUGGGAAUUGGAGGAACACCUCUUUAUACCUUGGGAACAGCCUUUAUUGAUGACAGUGUUCCCACACACUUGUCCUCUCUCUAUAUAGGAAUUGGCUAUGCUAUGUCUGUCCUUGGCCCUGCUAUUGGCUAUGUAUUAGGAGGACAACUUCUAACCAUCUAUAUUGAUGCCAAUGUAAAUUUAGAAAUUGACAUCACUGAAGAUGAUCCACGCUGGCUGGGUGCAUGGUGGAUAGGGUUUCUUAUUUCCUGCUUGCUGGGAUGGUCUUUGAUUAUACCUUUUUCUUGCUUUCCAAAGCAUUUACCAGGCACUUCUGUAGUACGAGCUGGAAAAGUUUCUCAGGUCCAUCAGGAUAACAAUAUAACAAAAUUUGAGGAUGAGGAAUUUGGAAAGAGUUUUAAAGAUUUUCCAGCAUCUCUUCUGAUUUUGCUGAAGAAUCCUGCCUUUAUGUGUUUAGUUCUAUCCACCACCACAGAAGCUUUGAUUACUACUGGAUUUGCUACCUUUUUACCUAAAUACAUAGAAAACCAAUUUGGAAAGUCAUCCAGCUAUGCAGCUACCCUUGGAGGGAUUGUUUUAAUACCAGGAGCAGCUCUUGGGCAGAUUUUGGGUGGUGUCAUUGUGUCCAGGUUCAGAAUGUCUUGUAAAGAAGCUAUGAAAUUUGCAGCAUUUUCAUCUUCAGCAGCAUUUUUGCUGACUAUGACUUUAAUUUUUAUGAAAUGCCCAAAUGAGGCAUUUGCUGGAGUUUUUCAACCAUUUAAAGGAGCAGAAAGCGUAGGAAACAUCACAGCCCCUUGUAAUUUGAGGUGUAAUUGCUCUCGCUCAUUUUAUUAUCCUGUUUGUGGAAGAGACAGUCUCCAGUAUUUCUCUCCCUGCAUUGCAGCUUGUACAGCUUCAGAUAAAAUAGAGCAUCAAAAGGUAUAUUAUAAUUGUUCCUGUGUGGGACAGAAGAAACGACUGCUAUCAACUGUGGAGGGUGAUGUCAUAGAUGCUCAAGCUGGGAAAUGUGAAUCACGAUGCAAGAAUUUACCCAUAUUCUUUGCCUUUUUCUUUGCUACAGUUGUGUUUACUUUUAUGUCUGGUACACCAAUUACUGUGGCCAUCCUCAGGUGUGUAUUUGACAGACAGCAUUCUCUUGCCCUGGGAGUACAAUUCAUGCUAAUCCGAUUAUUGGGCACCAUUCCUGGACCAAUUUGCUUUGGCAUUGCAAUAGACAGCUCUUGUGUACUAUGGGACAUUAAUGAUUGUGGAGUUAGAGGAGCUUGUCGGAUUUAUGACAACCCCAAAAUGGCCUACAUGCUGGUAGGAAUAAGUAUAAUGUGUAAAGUAAUCACUAUCCUCUUCAAUGUUUUUGCACUAAUGUCAUACAAGCCUCCAUCAGACACAAGUCAAUCAUUGCAUUCAACCAAUCAAGAGGAUGAUCAAGGAAUGAAUCUUGAAACCAAGACUUAA